AUGAACGUGGCGGAUCGCGCUUCCGAAUCCGAACCGCGCGACUCGCUGCUGGACUCGUUCAGCCCUCAGGGUCCUGUGGAGGAUGACACGCGGCUCCAGCAGCCCCAGACGUCUACACAAGAGAUCACAAGCAACAUCGAAAAUAGACUGACCAGCACGGACUCCAGCACAGGCAGCUCCACGCUGACAUACGUCCGAAACCAGCUGCGCUACAUGCUGACGAACGCUCCUCUUCUGCGGUUCGUCGUCCCUGAAAAUAGAUACAAUGCGCUGCGAACGACCGCCCCCAUGGUGGGCCGCGGCCAGGACGGGGUUUUCAGCAAUAUGUCUGCAAAGCCGAGCGUUCCAACGGGCACAGAGCCCUCGUACCAGCUGCCUUCGUACGAGGAGGCGUCGCAGGACCCUACGCCGCCCUACUGGGAGGCCUCGAUCAUGGCCGGGUACGAGGACGAGAUAUUUGUUGACGGACUGCCCGUGGGCAACAUCAUCAAUUUCCUCUGGAACAUGACGGUGAGCAUUUCGUUCCAGUUUGUCGGGUUUGUGAUCACCUAUCUACUGCACACGUCGCACGCUGCCAAGAAUGGCUCGCAGGCCGGCUUGGGAAUCACUCUCAUCAGCUUCGGCUACUCGUCGAUCCCUGUCUCGUACGGGAGCCAGUCGUCGCACGAGGGUGAGAAAUUCGAGCCGUCGUCUCCGAACACGAUCGACAUCGACUCUUCCAAUGCCGUCGACGGCCACAUAGACGAGUUCACCUCCACGCUGCCGCUGCUAGACACGUCCGACCUGCCGGACACCACCUAUCUCAACUCGACGCCGAUUUUCUCCUACGCGCUGAUCUCGUUUGGCAUCUUCCUUAUAUUCAAAGCUAUCUUCAGCUAUCUGAGGGCCAAGAAGGCGGAAAAGCUCAUUCUCGAGCCCCAGCAGCCUGUCUAA